AUGGCGCGUUCACAACUAUGGAUGAUUCUUCUAUUUCUCUCAUGUAUAGAACGUGCGUACAGCAGAUGCCCACCGAUAACGGAUCUCCCACCCAACGCCGAGGGCAUCCUGUAUGAACCCCCCGACAGGUUCGAUCCCCUCUACAUACCCACAAGGCAACAACUACGACAAGGGUUCGAGGAAGGUUUCUUUGCAACUAUCGUAUGCCAGGAGAAUUAUGAGGUUAUCCCUGCCCAUCCAAGAAAGUGCCUUGGUGACGCUUGGAGCAACAUCAUAACCUUGGUGUGCCCCCAGCGUGGUCGCGGAGAAUGUAACUUACAGACCAUUGAUCCGAUAUGCCAGCCGUUACGAUGUUACCAUCCAGCACCUUGUGACUAUGGUACCAUUACACCCUCGCAGCAGGCCUACGAUGCCGGAGAUAUUAUUACAUACGACUGUGAGCGCGGCUUAAGUGCCUUCCCGUCAAAUGAGAGGUCUUGUUUGUCAAGUGGCGAAUGGUCUGGACCUGAUCCAAAAUGUGUUACUCCUGACGAAUUCAUCAGACUUUCCAAUAAACAAUGCCCCAUCUUAGAAGCACCGCUAUUCGGCUUCAUCGUUGGACCAGAGGGUUUACAAGGUAUUGAUGAUGUUACCGAGUUCGAAUGCUUCCCGACUCUCACCCUUCUUGGUAGCCACAGACGGAAGUGUUUGAAUGAUACGCUGGAAUGGUCUGGUGAACAGCCCACGUGUGUGGCUGGACUUGAGAUUGAUAUCCCCAUUGGAGAGAACCUGACCGAUUAUGAAAGAUUAAUUCCCGACACGAAGAAUUGUCGGUACUUCUACCAUUACUCCUUAGAGGGUGACUUGUUCCACAAGAUCUGCCCCUCUAAUCUAUUCUUCCAUCCCAUCAUCAAGUGGUGUGAUUACCAAGAAGCAUCCGGAUGCAUACAAGAAGCACCCGCACCAUAGUGUGACUAAACAUGCAUGUAUUUCGAUGUGACUUUAAUAGUUGAUCUCUGUAUUGAUUUAGGAAUAAAAUAAAACACGAUAAAGAAUGUCAUCUCCUAA